CAAAAAACUUUGCUUUUCAAACUAAGUCUUUAAUAUAAUAUGUAUCUAUUAACUUUCUUCGUCUUACUCGCGUUGUCCCCCGCUAGAAGGAAAGUUUUGUAAUGCUUGGUGUUUAUAGUGAAAGUGGCGACGAGCUGGAACUUACUUCUGAUCCAGUGGAGAUUGCAUUGAUAACUUAUACAAGUUGUCUUCAAAAAAAUAUUUGCCCCAAACUAUUGUUCUUAUUGCAAGAGAACGGCUUUGCAUUUUUACAAUGUCUUUGCAAAAAAGCUACACCCGGUACCAUCCUUGAGACUUAUUUUACCAAGAAUGAUGGAUCUUUGCUCCAUCUUUAUUUGUGCCUUUUGCCAGAUUGUGAGCCUUCUCGGCACGCUGGAUACGGCCAUCCUUAUACCAUUUACGAACUUCUUAAAAAGGUCAAAACUACUUCUAGUACUUUGCUAGUUUUUCUUAUUUUAAGGGAUCCACAAAAAGAAACUUUCGCUGCUUGUUGUGCAGUUUCACGGGCUUUUCCUUUAUAUACUUUAUCUAGCUCAAAAUCACUAGAAGUAGAUCUUAAAAUAUUUAUCUCUUCGUCGGUUAGUAGUCAUUCUUCUGACGAUAUAUUGCUCGUCUGUAGAAACAUACGCAAUACUGCAAGACUGGUAGACAUGCCACCUAACGUUUUGAAUCCAGCUACUUAUCAAAAGUUUAUUCGCGAGUGGGUAGAAGGGCUUCCGGGCGUAACCAUAGAAGUACUCGAGGGAGAAGAGUUGAGGGCCCGUGGCUUGGGAGGCCUCUACAGUGUCGGGAAGGCGAGCGCUGACCCGCCGGCUCUGGUGAUCCUCUCAUAUAGCCACGCGUCGGCGGCCAAGCCCGUCUGCCUGGUGGGGAAGGGAAUCACGUUCGACACGGGCGGUCUCUCUUUGAAGACCAGGACAGGAAUGUGCGGGAUGAAGAUGGAUAUGGGCGGAAGCGCGGGUUGUUUUGGAGCGUUCGUUUCUCUGGUGGAAUCGGGAAAGCUAAAGACUAGCCUCCACUGCUUGCUAUGCAUCGCUGAGAACAGCGUGUCUUCCAAGGCGACCAGGCCGGACGACGUGCAUCUCCUCUAUAGCGGGAAGUCUGUAGAAGUCAACAAUCCGGACGCGGAAGGACGACUGGUACUGGCGGACGGUUUAGCCUAUGCGGCGAAGCGCUAUGCACCCGGCCUGCUGGUGGACAUGGCCACACUCACCGGCGCCCAGGGAACGGCCACGGAAAUAAACAUGCCGCUAUCUACGCCAGCAGCGAGAAAAUCGAGACGAUCGCAGUCGAGAGCGGGAAGGUCAGCGGAGAUCUCUGCCAUCCGCUACCCUACGCGCCUGAAUUUCUGCUGCCCGAGUUCCAUUCUGCCGUGGCAGACAUGAAGAACAGCCAGAAAAAUCGCGAUAAUGCAGGUGAGUUCCCCUGGGAGUUGUGGGAGUUGUGGGAGUUGUACUGCUGAAUCAUGCCGAGGGCAGGUUGCGCAGCCCCCGCAGUAUUUCUGAGCAUGCACAUCGAGGACUACUUGAAGAAACAUGACACUCAUUGGCUGCACAUCGAUAUAGCGAGCUUGUGUAUGCGAGACGAGAGAGCGACAGGAUUCGGCGUUGCCUUGCUUUUCCACGUGGUGAUGGCGUAUAUGAAGGAGACGGGAGAAUAGUAGAAUAAAGUGUAUUAAAAGUGCAGUUGUGUGGACGGUUGGCGGGCGCUUCUCUUUACUCGCCGAAGUGCCACGUGCUUCGUCCUAGCGUCUUUUCUCGCAUUACAGAAUUCCGUUUUUAUAGUACUGAUAGUUGUCGUACAGUUUCGUCGAGAAGCUGGACAUGCUGUCCUCGAUCAUGGUGUUGACUUGCCCCUGAGAGAAAAAAGAUCACGCUUAUGCCACGUGACUGACACGUGGACCUACUAUGAGCUGUUUCUCCGUCAACGACACUUUGAAGCGGUCCUUGAGGGCUUUUAUGCAGGCCUCUCCCCCGUAGA